AUGGCAAGUGCAAUGUUCUCCUCCGGGGAGUUCAACUUUGGGGUUGGUGGUGGUGGCGGUGGUGGUGAGAAGCUCGUUUCAGGCAAAAGAGUAGAUAAUGAUGCAGAGUUCGAGUUCCAUCACGGCGUCAAGCCGGUGGAUGAAGAUUUCUUCUUCUCGAAAUACCAGCAGCAAGAGCGUAUUCAGCAGAACUUGGUUUUUGAUCAGGGGCUCUUAGACGAUUUCAUGUUAGGUGCUCUCGAGUCCCAACCGGUUUGUAUGAGUUCCAAGGGAGCCGCUGAUCCGGGAGAUCAUGGAGUCGGAAACGUUGAGCAGAAGAAAGACAGGCGGUGCUCCUCGUCUAUGGCCUCCCUCGAGCUUCUUAGGAGCUACGGUAACGGAGUAAAGAAGUUGGAUGGAGACAGGAUCGUCCAGCCUAGGGGUGAAGAGGAAUUGAAUGAGAAUUCUGUCGCCGAGAGAUUAUCGAUAGAAGGAAUUGCAAGGUUAGCAGGAGUGAAGUUCGUUCAAGGUCCUUCCUCGACUAUGGAUGUCCACUCUGUCCUCGGUCCAUUCGGGUUGGCCUUCGCUGGCCUCUCUGAUGAGGAGAAGCAAGAAGUACAACUCAUUGAGCUCCUCCUAGUUUGUGCAGAGAAGGUCACGUAUCGGCAAUUUGAUCGGGCGAGGAAUUUGCUCAAUCAAUGCUCCUACUUGUUCUCGAACCAAGGAACUCCCGUUCAAAGAUUGGUUCACUAUUUCGCCGAAGCCCUUCAUGAGAGGAUUGACCGAGAAACGGGACGGCUGGUGCUUGAUGACUUUUGGAAGAUCAAUGAAUUAACUCGUGAUUUAUUGGUAAUGAAUCCGAAUAGAAGUAGAAUUGCUCUUCACCAGGAGAUCCCCUUCUCGCAGGUGGCCCAAUUCACGGGUCUUCAGGCUAUAAUAGAAAAGGUCACGGAUGCUAAGAGAAUCCACGCCAUUGAUAUGUGUAUCGGGAGCGGGGCCCACUGGACGAUCCUGAUGCAAGCUCUGCAGAACUCUGAACUAGAGCUUCUCAAGAUCACUGCAAUCGGAACUCACUCGCAGUCGCAGCAUCUGAUGGAGGUUACGGGAAAGAGGCUGGAAAGCUUUGCCGGAGCGAUGAACUUGCCCUUCUCUUUCAGGCUUGUAAUUGUUGAUGAUUUAUCAGACCUCAAAGAGGACCAUCUUAAGGUGGACUUCAAGGAAAGGCUUGUUGUGUAUUCCCAGUACUACCUUAGGACCCUGAUCGGGAGGCCGAAUCAAUUAGAUGCUCUGAUGAAAGUGAUCGCGAAGCUUAACCCUUCGUUGAUGGUGGUCACUGAACCAGAUGCGAACCACAACUCCCCGAGCUUUGUGGACCGUUUCAUCGAGACCCUCUUCUUCUUCUGUGCAUAUUUCGACUGCCUCGAGACCUAUAUGAAGAGGCUAGACGAGAACAGGUUGGCCGUCGAGUCGUUCUACUUUGGGGAGUCAAUAAAGAAUAUUGUUGCCACUGAAGGAGAUGAGAGGACAGUCCGGAACGUGAAGAUUGAUGUCUGGAGGGCUUUCUUUGCGCGGUUCGGGAUGGUUGAGGAUGAACUGAGUCCUUCAUCACUGUACCAGGCGAGUCUGGUGACUAAGAGGUUUAGGGCCGGGAGAUUCUGCACGCUCGAUAGGAACGGGAAGUCCCUUAUUGUCGGGUGGAAGAAUACUCCGAUUCUCUCCCUUUCAGUUUGGAAGUUCACCUAA